CUGCAGCAGGUACGCGAAGGGUACCUUCCGUGCCCGUUGCAUCUGCAGAUGUAUGAUGGCGCCAUCCAUGAUUCGACCAUAACCUCCGUUCUGUCAAUACUCUCGGUUCAAACCGCAACUUGACUCAACUUCAAAUUUGUGAAAACAGAUGGAGGACGGAAUCGCAGCUGCUGUGGCGCUUGUCAUCGACAUGCCUUUGGAUCUGGAUCUUGAUGACUCCGAGGAUUCCGACUGUGAAGAUGCAAUAGUACUUUUAGCGGUAGUGAUAACUUUCAGCUUUCCUACAAUGUGCUCUUGAACUUAUGAGACUACGUUUGACAGACGAGUUACUAAUUGUAUUAUGUCUGAUCAAUAAAAUGAUUAUAACAACGAUCAAAGGCUAAAAUAUAUUUUCCCGGUAUUGCAUGUCGAGUCGUUAGAAAAUGUUGCAUAUCAACACAAAGGGUCAACUGUCUGUCAGGUAAAAAUGUUCGUCGAUGAUGUAAUAUUAAAACUGCAGAUAUUUUCCGCAGCAACUUAUUCAUCGAAACAAAAUCGAAAAGGUCGUUAAUUAUAUUGAAACAUGCCGGCGGAUGGAUCGCGAAACCUUCCGAUGUCAUUUCCGAUUGACUGUCCAAACAUUUGAGGUCGUUUUGGACAAAGUAUCUAUUGCACUACGAGCAGGAGCCCGCAAUGUAAAUAACGGAAGAAGUUCGAUACCUCCAGAAAAGAGUCUACUAUUAACAUUGUGGCUUUUAGCUACUCCAGACUCCUUUCGCUCUGUUGCUGAUCGGUUUGGAACCACCAAGAGCGUAGCCCAUCGUAACUUCUUACAGAUCACGAAGAUACUAUCUCAACUAGCUGCGGAAUAUCUAAGAUGGCCAACUAUACCAGAACUCAGACGUGUGCGGAUUCUGUUCGAUAAUUUGCGCCCUGAUAAUGGUUUUCCUGAUAUUAUUGGCGCAGUGGAUGGUACUCACAUUGCCAUUCGAGCUCCAAUAAUAGAUCCAAAAAGUUAUGUUCAUCACAUGACAGUCGGGUAUGGCGUAGAAGCCCCAUUUGUCAGCAGAUUGAAGAGAACGAAAUCAUUCCAGAAGGCACGCAUCUAGUUGGGGAUAGCGCAUAUCCUUUGCAUAAAUAUUUGAUGACACCUUACAAAGACAAUGGACAUCUCACUCGGAGGCAAAAAAACUACAAUUAUGAACUGUCCUCCAAGAGAGUUGUAAUUGAACAAGCAUUUGGACGCCUUAAAGGCAGAUUUCGGCGGUUGAAAUAUUUAGAUAUGGCUUUAAUGAAUAAGAUAAAAACUGUGGUGA